AUGCGUUCCGCAAUUUCAAGCCUGUUUGCUAUCUCGUUCCUUCUCUUGCAAUACACGCAACCCAUAUUCGCAGCUCCAGAAAUCCUCCUCCCACUCGCUUCAUGGGACCAAAAUGCGGCGUGGGGAACCAAAAGAGCAACUAGAGGAUUGGGAGAUAAUCUGGAUCUCAGGAACGAUGAACAUCUGAUGUGGGGGAAUCCUGGCAAUGGAUCGCAGUUCAUGUAUGCGAAUAUGACAAUGCACACUGCGACCGGCGAGCUCGUCAUUUCGAUGGAACGUUUCGUGCAUUUACUCACCGGCGUGAAGUGCGGCGAAAAUACGGUUUUGACGUUCAAAGACAAGGCGAGCUUCGAAUAUGCAAUCAAAGCCUGGAACUGGGUCAAUGAAGAUGAAACGCAUAGUUUCAUUCUUAUUGCAGAUUAUGCAGGCUGUGGUCCCGACGACGUCCGAGUGCCAUUCUACAUUCAUAAUGCAGAUUACGACGAGGAGAAAUUCAUCGCAUACCUUUACGGCAAAGAAAUUCCAUGGAAACAAGCAGCACACACAUUCGACCUGGACUAUGGAACUGCCACUUUGGUGCAGACACCCAGUCGUCUUAGCCGUAGAAUCGGACCGGAUGUCACGUACAGCAAGGACGUGAGUAUCGAUAUCGCACAUAACCUCAAUGGCAACAUCUAUACACACGGCUCCAAAGCGUCUGGCUUUCUCGUAAAGCUGGACUGUACGGACUGUGGGCUGGCCGGGAAGCUCACUCUUGGUGGCCGCAUAAAAGUAGACGCUACAUCUGUCUCCGAACUUUCGGUUUCCCUCACGCCUCAAGACGUGUCUGCCGAGAUCACGCUUGCACUUCAUGCUGAAGGCAAGAGUUCUGCGUCCAUCAAUUACGAGCCUACACUUGCGGAGAUUGGUAUUCCAGGCGCAUCAUUCAAGAUCCCCGGUGGUGUCGCUGAGGUUGGAAUAUUCGUAGAAGCAAAUUUCGGGUUCGAGCUGGGAAGUUGGGAAGGCGAUGCAACGAUGACUUAUGGAGUUACAGCAGCGAUUAGUAACGCAGCUCGAUUCAAAAUUGAUCUCGCUAACAACAACGCUGUUGACUUCGAUGGUUGGAAACCAUCAUUUGCUCAAAAGCCAUUUGAUGUCAAUGCCAAAGCCUCUAUUGAAGCGUCUGUUUAUAACGCCAUCGGCCUUGUUGCGAAAGUAGAAGUUUUGAGUGAAGGUUAUGAAGUCGCUCUUACGCUCAAGAGUCCUGAGUUGGCCACAAAGCUCACGACACUGACGAACAGUAAGGGUGUUUGCGGAACGAAGAAGAAGGUGGGUGUGAGCGUUGACGCGGAGUUGAAAGCCAGUGUUGAGGUUUCAGCGGGUCAAAUUGGGAAGGGCGGUAUUAAAGAUAUUAAUCUCAAUCCGAGAAGGGUGAGCAGAAAGAGUGGUGCAGGUUUGGGGAGGAGAGUGAGCGAAAUUGUCGUAGCGGAGCGGAGUAUAGUGACAAGAAAUGUUCCUGGGUUGUCUUUUUCGAAAACGCUUUGGGAGGGUUCGGUACCUUGGUUCAAGAACAAGUGUUUGGCUAUUGCCUGA